AUGGCUCAAGCAGAAAGGCUAGUGCUUAAGGAUGUUCCCAUGCUUCUUGAUGUAAACAUUACGGGAUGGUCAAGGUCAUACAACUUUGUAAGAGACGUAGCUGUUUCUUGGCUUUCCAGCUGCCUGUCGAAACUGGAGGUCCUUACCUUAUUUGACUUGUCUUCGCCUUCGGAUCAGCCUCAUGAGCAGAUUCUCGAGCUUCCUCAACUAUCGAGUUUGAAGCAGUUGACCUUGCUGGUUUAUGCAUCGAAAGAUCGCGGCCUGAUUGGAUGUACUUCUUUGAUUAAGGCUUCACCCAACUUGGAGAAGUUCGUCUUAAAGUUGCAGUUGUAUUCUGAUAUCAAAAGAAGCAACAGAGAGUUUAAGAAAGCCAAAAAUUAUCCUCAUCAACAUCUUAAAGUGGUGAAAAUAUCCGGAUACUAUGGUCGGAAAAGUGAAGUUGAACUUAUCAAUUAUUUCUUAGAAAUUGCUAUAGCCCUUGAGAAUAUUAUAGUCGACCCUCAUGAAGAGUUGACGUACCGGUCUCGGUCCAUGCAUGAAGAGAAUUAA